AUGGCUCUUUCAAUUGCUGACAUCUCAUUAAGAGGUUUAAAUUUUGUCUUCCUUGUUAUUGUCCUUGGUUUAACCGGGUCUUUAAUUGCUGGUCAAAGCAGACACAACCCUCAAGUUAACUUUGCAUUAUUUGCUGCUGUUUUCGGUUUAGUUACCUCUUCAUUCUAUGGUAUCAUUGCAAACUUUGUUUCAUUCUUAGCAUGGCCAUUAGUUAUCUUUAUCAUAGAUUUCUUAAACUUUGUCUUCACUUUUGCAGGUGCCACUGCUUUAGCUGUUGCCAUUAGAACCCAUUCAUGUACCAACCAAAGUUAUUUGGAUGAUAACAAAGUUACUCAAGGUUCAACUGAUAGAUGCAGAAAAGCUCAAGCUGUUGUUGCCUUCUUGUACUUUUCAUUCUUUACCUUUUUAGCUUCAUUAGUUUUUUCAAGUUACAGCUUGUUGAGUGGUGGUGCUUUCGGUACAAGAGUUUCAAGAAGAAGCGCUCCAAAAACUGGUAUCCCAACCAUCUCAACUGUUUAA